AUGUCUGCAAUUGCCGGAAAGUUGGUGAUGAAGGUGAUCUCGAAGAGAGCGGAGCAAUACGAACCACCAGAUCCGUACUAUGAGUACGUCACCGACGCCAGGGGGAAGAAGCAGAAGCAAAAACGGCCUGUUCCCCCUGGGCUCUCGCAACGAGACGAGAAAGCGCUCAAGAAAAUCCGAAAGCGGGCGCACAGGCUGGACAAGGGAAUGAACCUUUGUGGAUUCCGCGUUGGGUAUACAUUCUUCAUCGGUAUCAUUCCCGGAGCAGGAGAUGUCGUGAACGGAUUGCUAAACUACAACCUCGUCGUCAAGCCGGCCAAGAAGCUGGAUCUGCCCAGUGACCUGGUGACGAGGAUGAUGUUUAACAACGCGAUCUCCAUCGGUAUGGGAGUAGUACCUCUGAUAGGAGACGUAGCGAUGGCUACUUGGAAGACCAACUCACGUAAUGCAGGCCUGCUCGAAGCUUUCCUCACGAUUCGCGGGCAAGAAUACCUCGCUUCGAUCCAACAAGGCACCUCUGCCAUUCCAGCACAAGGAGAAGAAGGCGUUUCAGCGUCCGAGCUGAGGAAGGCGUUCCUCCCCGGGGCUGGGCAGGGCAGCAGCGCCGCGGAGCAGGGGCGGAUCGGGCAGGGGACGGUCUUGCCGCACGAGCGACCUCCACCAGCCGUGCCCGUUAGGAGGUAG